AGAUGUCUGGAGCACCACUUUCAGUCUUCUGCGUGCUGGGUCUGCUAUCUAUAUGCACUGCCUGCUACAUCUCUAACUGCCCCAUCGGUGGCAAAAGAGCAGUACAGGACGUCCCAACUCGACAGUGUAUGGGGUGCGGUCCUGGAGAUAAGGGCCGAUGCUUUGGUCCCAAUAUCUGCUGCGGAGAGGAAAUAGGCUGCAUGGUUGGCACUCUGGAGACCAUGCGCUGCUUGGAGGAAGACUACCUGCCCUCUCCGUGUGAGACUGGAGGAAAACCCUGUGGCUCUGUGACAGGACGCUGCGCUGCACCAGGAGUCUGCUGUGACUCAGAGAGCUGCACCACCGAUCCGUCGUGUCUGGAAGGAGAAGGAGACGUGUCCGCUCACAUUCUACCUUCCAGUGGCAAAGACCUGCUUCUGAAGCUUCUUCACUGGACAAACUACAGGACUUACCAGUGAGACAUGCGUUCAGGGAUCACAUCAUCGUAGGAGAAGCAAAACACCAGCCGAACCAUCUGAUGACCUUUGUACACAGUUUGUAAUGUCAGAUGUCGAUCUAGAACGUUAUCAGAUAUGAAUAUUGGUCUUUUAUGUCAACGAUUGUAAUCGAUUGUGCUUUUCUGCAGCAAUUAAAGUCACUUUAUCUGGUGCUUUAACACUUUAACAAGACUUUGUGUGUCCAUGUGCUU